AUGUCUCCUGUGCUUUUCCUUUCCUCCUUCUUCAGCAGGUCUCAGAUGAUGGACCUCAGGAAUGGAAGCAGAGUGACAUAUUUCAUCCUUGUGGGCUUUGAACAGAGCUACCCUUCCACUAAGGCAUUGCUCUUCACCCUCUUCCUAGCCCUCUACAGCCUGGCCAUGGCCAUGAAUGGCCUCAUCAUCUUCAUCACCUGGACAGACCCCAGGCUCAACAGCCCCAUGUACUUCUUCCUUGGACACUUGUCCUUCCUGGAUGUCUGUUUCAUCACCACCACCAUCCCACAGAUGCUGAUCCACUUGGUGGUCAAGAACCACACUGUCUCCUUCACCUCUUGCAUGACCCAGAUGUACCUAGUCUUCUCUGUGGGUGUGGCUGAGUGCAUCCUCUUGGCUUUUAUGGCUUAUGACCGUUAUGUUGCUAUCUGCCACCCACUUAACUAUGCCCAGGUCAUGAGCAGACAGGUGUGUGUGAGACUGGUGGGUACUGCCUGGUUCUUUGGGCUGAUCAAUGGUAUCUUUCUUGAAUAUAUGUCUAUCCAGAAUCCCUUCUGCAGAGACAACCAUAUAGAAAACUUCUUCUGUGAAGCCCCCAUAGUGAUCGCUCUCACCUGUGGGGACCCCCAGUUCAGCAUGAAGGUUAUCUUUGCCGAUGCCGUUGUGGUGCUGCUCAGCCCCAUGGUGCUCAUUGUCAUCUCCUAUGCCCACAUCCUGGCCUCUAUCCUUGGCAGAGCCUCCUCUUCAGGUUGGGGGAAGACCUUCUCCACUUGUGCCUCCCACCUGACUGUGGUCAUCUUCUUCUAUUCCUCAGGCAUGUUCUCUUACAUGAACUCCCGCAGCACACAUGGGCCUGACAAGGACAAGCCAUUCUCCCUCCUCUACACCGUCAUCACCCCCAUGUGCAACCCCAUCAUCUACAGUUUCCGCAACAAGGAAAUGAAGGGGGCCAUGGUGAGAGCCCUGGGGAGGACUAGGCUGUCAUAG